UCAGCAGCACAACUAGUAUUUUUUUUCUACAGUCAGCAAAACAAGAACAUCAGUUCCUGCUUUUUGCCCCCACCAAUGGGGCCUGCUUCCCCCGUAGUUGCCACUGCUGAAGAAUGUGCAGGGGAAGAGACAGACAAAGCGAUACAAAAUUAAUGAAGGCACAGGAACGAUGCUCUAACCAGUCUCUUUAGCUGCGAGAGUCUCCAAAAUGAGGGAGUCCCGCUCCUAUCUGUGAUGCUACUGGAGUCACCAUGUGAGAGGGGAGGUUCGCUCACCGGCAAUUGGUUAAUGUUCCUCCAUGUGUUAAAUUAGCAUAAGGAGACGCCGCUCCCAAACGACUCACUUGGGGGCCAAAGCCAACAGUGCAGAAGAAGCAUGCAAGUCAAUCUGUGCCAAUGGCAUCACAAGGGGAUGGAUGGAAGCUCGGAUGAAAAGGACACCUCUCCCAUGGCUCAGUCUCACCGCUAUAUGAAUCUCACAAGAAGCGUCCAGGCUGCUGUUCUUUAUUAAGAAAUUCCCUAGUGUGUGAAAGGCUGUGCUUCUCUGCUAAUCUACUGGGCAUCACUUGUGAGGAUGAUCCAUGCCAACUACAUUUGAUUUUCAAGCACAAAAAAAAAAGCAAAUACUGUAAGGGGGACCUGUUACUGCAUGAUCAGCGAGGAUCCUAUUGGUUUUCCUGACCCUUGAACAAUAGAAGAGCCUUCCUCGCUGGUUCAUUUUCUGUGCAUUGCUGUGAGACCCCUAAGGCAGGUAUCAUGGUUCCCGAGGAGACCCAGGGGGUGGCAAAGUCUGCGGUGGAAAAACUAUCCAGUGCCAUGGGUGACAGAACUAAGCAGCUUGGCACAGCAAUAAAGGAACCACACCACCAGAGACGGCUUAUCUUGUUCAUUGUGUGUGUGGCUCUUUUCCUUGAUAAUAUGUUAUACAUGGUCAUAGUCCCUAUUAUCCCAGACUAUAUUCAAAACUUGAGAUCGGACAGCGAACUUCAUGCGAAAGGCAUUAAUAGUAGUCAAUAUAGGAACACGUCUUCUGUCAUUAGACCCCAAUACCCAGCAGAAAAUGAGGAUAUGAAGAUUGGAGUCCUGUUUGCUUCUAAAGCAAUCCUGCAACUACUAAUCAACCCACUAAGUGGAACUUUUAUAGACAGGGUUGGCUAUGAUAUUCCCCUUCUUAUUGGACUGAUUGUUUUGUUUUUUUCAACAGUCAUAUUUGCGUUUGGUGAAAAUUAUGCCACCUUGUUUGUAGCGAGAAGCCUCCAAGGUGUGGGAUCUGCGUUCGCAGACACUUCUGGAAUUGCCAUGAUAGCAGAUAAAUACACAGAGGAGGCUGAAAGGAGCAAAGCCCUAGGCAUAGCCUUGGCAUUCAUCUCAUUUGGUAGCUUGGUGGCGCCCCCUUUUGGGGGCAUAUUGUACCAGUUCGUAGGCAAACGAAUGCCCUUUUUAGUUCUGGCUAGUAUUGCUCUUAUAAAUGGUGUGCUGCUAUUGUUAGUCAUCAAACCCUUUACUAAUAGGACUAGAGUAAAUAUGCCAGUUGGCACACCCAUCCACAGACUGAUGAUAGAUCCUUACAUUGCUGUGGUGGCAGGGGCUCUUACCACAUGCAAUAUUCCUUUGGCAUUCCUUGAACCCACCAUAUCAAAUUGGAUGAAGACAACAAUGGAUGCAUCUGAGUGGCAAAUGGGUCUGACUUGGUUACCAGCCUUCUUCCCUCACGUUCUUGGUGUUUAUAUAACUGUAAAGCUUGCUGCCAAUUAUCCUCACUACCAGUGGUUUUAUGGGGCUAUAGGAAUGGUGAUAAUAGGUGCAAGUUCUUGUACUGUACCAGCAUGUAAAAAUUUCUGGGAGCUAAUUGUGCCCUUGUGUGGGAUCUGCUUUGGCAUAGCCCUAGUAGACACGGCCCUAUUGCCAACUCUGGCCUUACUUGUAGAUAUUCGCCAUGUAUCAGUUUAUGGAAGUGUUUAUGCCAUAGCUGAUAUAUCAUACUGUGUGGCAUAUGCCCUGGGACCUGUAGUUGCUAGUCAAAUUGUUCAUACUACGGGUUUCACCCAACUUAACCUUGGUAUGGGUCUAGUCAAUGUUCUGUAUGCACCGGCUCUUCUGUUUCUCAGAAAUGUGUGUCAGAUGAAACCCUCUCACUCAGAGAGAAACAUAUUGUUGGAUGAAGGCCCUAAGGGCUUGUACGACACUAUUAAAAUGGAGGAACGAAAAGCCAAGUCUCACAAAAGAAAUCCUAAUCAUGGGAUUAAUGACGGUAUCAUGGACAAUUAUCAUGAGCCUCAUAAAGGCAAUUAUGGGUCUGAAGAGGACUCAUCUGAUUAUGAGUACAGUUAAAUCUAAGCAAAAUUAGUUCUGAUAAGCAAAUUUCUGUAUGUUUAUGCAGCAACACGUAAAGUAUCAAAUGUUCAGCUGUUGUGAUGUAAGGAUGUUUUCUGUCACCUAUUUUUUCAUGAUUUGUUUGCUGACAGAUCAAAUGAAAAGACAAUAGAAUAUUCAGGUUUGUUUUAAAAGGCUAAGUGCCGUAUCGUGAAAAUGCUUGUUUUUUCCCAGACACCCAAGUGUGAAAUACUGUAUAUCUGUACAAAGUUAAAUAUAUAAAUAUAUUAUACAAAUGGGAUUGUUAAACUUGCAUAUUCAGGGAAAUAAAUUAAUAUUGUAAAUACUUAUAUUUUGUGACAUUGAAUUAAUAAAUACUAAAACGUUCUGUGCCAUUUGAUUUGCAGGACACAUUCCCUGUACUGAUUACUGUUAUUGUAUAAAAUCACACAUGCUGUUAACACUGCGUGCUAUUCAAUACAGUCCGACCAAAUAAACAGUUACACAAAGACAA